AUGUCCGUGAUGAUAUCGACAGCACCAGCCUCUGUUGCGAGCCUCGCCUUGACACGUGCGGACAGGCACGUGCGCGGCGCGUUCGCGCGUCCCGCGUAUUUCCGAACCCGCAAGACCUCCAAGACCUCGCCCUCGGCCUACUCGGACGAUAGCUCCCAGCAGGGAGCGAAGACUCAGACCAUCACGACAGUCACCUCCAAGCACGAACUCGACGAGCUCGUCAAGACUGCGUCGAAGGAAGCGAAGAUAACCGUCCUCGAGGUGGCCAAGCUUGGAAGCAUCGGCAAGGAAGGAAAGCCCAGAAAGAGCACAGCGCAGGUUUCCACCAGCUUCCUGAGGGUAGCAACCGACUUCAAAGACAAAGCAGUCUUUGCCGCGCUUUACAUGGACCACUCCGAGGCGACGAAAUGUGCCGCGGAGUCGCUCAAGGUCCAAGAAGUACCCUGCGUCUUCAUUUGGGACGAUCAAGGUGAGCUGGCUUCCGAACUCGACACGGUUUCCGUCGACGCCGUGCACCACGCGGUGAGUCGCGUCCUCGGCGUCACGGACGACCGCGGGUGA